CAAAUGUAAACAAUUGAGUGAUGCUGGAGAGGGGUGUUGUCAUAGAUGAGUAUGUGAUUGUUUACAUCAGCUUGGAAGAGGAUGUCGUAUGACAUUAUUGUAUUGUGCAAUUGACACGCAUAGAAAAAUAUUCGUACAAAUAAUACGAAAAAUUCAGAAUGCUUGACGGCGUGAAACACAUUAUACUUGUGUUGUCGGGAAAGGGUGGUGUAGGAAAGUCAACAAUAAGUACUCAACUUGCUUAUGCUUUCAGAGACAGCGGUUAUAAGGUUGGUCUCCUUGAUAUUGACUUAUGUGGACCAAGUAUUCCAUACCUUCUGCAUUUGCAGGGUAAAGAUGUCCAUCAGUGCCCUCAAGGGUGGGUUCCUGUGUAUGCCGACAAAGAGAAGCAACUGGCAGUUAUGUCAAUAGGAUUCCUUUUAAAAAAUGACAAUGAUAGCAUUGUAUGGAGAGGACCAAAGAAAACAGCAAUGAUAAAACAGUUCCUGACUGAUGUAUUUUGGGAGGACAUAGAUUAUUUAAUAAUUGACACUCCACCUGGAACUUCAGAUGAACACAUAACUGUCAUGGAAAACCUGAGGACUUUGAACUGUGAUGGUGCUAUAUUAGUUACAACUCCGCAAGCUUUGGCUGUUGAGGAUGUGACAAAAGAACUAACAUUCUGCCGCAAAACUGGCAUUCCAGUUGUGGGUGUGAUUGAAAAUAUGAGUGGUUAUGUGUGUCCAAGCUGUGCAGAAUGUACCAAUAUAUUUUCUUCUGGCGGUGGAAAAUCACUGGCUGAUUUGGCUAAAGUUCCAUUCCUUGGAUGUGUGCCAAUUGAUCCUAGAAUUGGCAAGUGUGCUGACAGCGGUGAAAGCUAUCCAGCACUCGCCCCUGAGUCACCUGUUACAGCAGUGCUGAAGUCCAUAGUUCAGCGUGUAACAGUUACUUCUGACGUCCAAUCAACAGAGAAGACCUAAAUGUACUUAUUACUAUUAAUAUAAGUCAGUUUACACAAUAAGCUCUGUUGGGAUAAAGUAAGUCAGUUUACACAGUAAGCUUUGUUCGAAUAAAUUAUAAAACUAAUGCCUCCUUUUUUAUGUAAGAAUUGUGUGAGAAGUUUUUGUAGAUUUUUUUUUAUGCGGGACUUGUAAAGCAUAUUGGCUACGUUGUUCAUUGUUGUGAAACAUGACUGUAUAUGAAAACCUAUUGAAAUAAUUGUGUAUUUCUGUUUUUUACUUUCAAAAGUUUAUUUUCUUUACCUCUCAUGAGAUAUUUACAUAAGCAUUAAAAUUUGAAUCUUAAUAGUUUUAUAUGCAGGUUGUAUUAUCUGAAGUACUGUACAUUACUGAAAUUAAUGUGUUGGGAAAUAAUAAACUCAAUGUCUGUGCAAAAAUGGGAACAAGAGAUUUAUUUAAAAAAGUAAAUAGAAAGGAAAGGGGAAAAGUAUUCUAAAUUUUAAUAGUAACAGCCUCCAACACAUAGGAAAAUAAGUGCAUCAUUGUAAUUACAUUAGCUUUGUUUAAAUGACUCUGUUUAUUACUUGCAUGCAACCAUAUCACUGUAGUUUGAGCUAGGUGAAAGUAACAACUCAAUCAUGAAUGGUUAUAAGAAUGUUGUGAACUGUUUUGUUAGUGUCUUGCGAAACAGACUAUUCGUGUUCCUUGAUAUCACUUGUGUUUCUGUUCAAGAAUUGUGGAACUGAGAUAAAUGUUUUUGUCUCA